AAAGAAAAGAAAAAACAACUGAGGAGGAGGAAAAGGGAAGGGAAUAGAAGCGAAAGCAAAGGUGAACGGCUCACAGGCUCUCUUCAUGCCGACGGAGAGGGCAGCUUGAGGCUCAGAGGCCCCCCCGCGCGCCGUGCCAAGAUGUCUCUGGACGAGUCCGUCCUGUCGGGGAGCGGGCAGGGCUGCGGCGAGGGGCAGGACGGUGUCGUCCUGGUACGCAUCGCCAGCCUGCCCGUGGACCUCUUCCCGGCCAGCGACUUCAGAGGGAAAUUCAAAAAGAUGCGCUCCAAGAAGAGGCCCACCAUCCUGGAAGCGUCGCCGGUGGGGAACGGGUACAGCAAGCCCCCCAUCCCCCCAGUCUGCUGCACGCAGGGAGAGAAGGGGCCCCCAGCCAUGGUACCCAUCAGCGUGGACCCCGAGAGCAAGCCGGGCGAGUACGUCCUCAAGAGCCUCUUCGCCAACUUCACUACGCUGUCAGAGCGUAAGAUCCGCAUCAUCAUGGCCGAACCUCUGGAGAAGCCAUUGACAAAGUCCCUGCAGAGGGGAGAGGAUCCCCAAUUUGACCAGCUGAUCAGCACCAUGAGCUCGCUGGCAGAGUACUGCCUGCCCUCCAUGCUGCGAACCCUGUUUGACUGGUACAAGCGACAGAACGGGCUGGAGGACGAGUCGCACGAGUACAGACCAAGAUCCAACACCAAAUCCAAAAAUGAUGAGCAGCAGAAGGAUUACCUACUUGAAAGGAGGGAUCUGGCCAUUGACUUUAUCUUCUCUCUCGUACUUAUAGAAGUUUUAAAACAGAUCCCGCUGCACCCAGUCCUGGACAGUUUGAUCCAUGAAGUCAUUAACUUGGCCUUCAAGCACUUUAAAUACAAAGAAGGGUACCUUGGUCCCAACACUGGCAACAUGCACAUUGUAGCAGACCUCUACGCAGAAGUCAUAGGAGUCUUAGCCCAAGCCAGGUUUCCUGCUGUGAAGAAGAAGUUCAUGGCCGAGCUGAAGGAGCUUCGGCAGAAAGAGCAGAGUCCCUACGUGGUGCAGAGCACCAUCAGCCUCAUCAUGGGCGUCAAGUUCUUCCGAAUCAAGAUGUAUCCCGUGGAGGACUUCGAGGCCUCCUUUCAGUUCAUGCAGGAGUGCGCCCAAUACUUUCUGGAAGUGAAAGACAAGGACAUCAAGCACGCUCUGGCAGGACUUUUUGUUGAGAUUUUAGUGCCUGUUGCAGCGGCUGUGAAGAAUGAGGUGAACGUGCCCUGUCUGAGGAACUUUGUGGAGAGCCUGUAUGACACAACCCUAGACCUGUCCUCCAGGAAAAAGCACUCUCUAGCACUGUACCCCCUGGUGACGUGUUUGCUCUGCGUCAGCCAGAAGCAGUUCUUCCUCAAUCGAUGGCACGUCUUCCUCAACAACUGCCUCUCUAAUCUCAAGAAUAAGGACCCCAAGAUGGCCCGAGUUGCACUGGAAUCCCUGUACCGCCUGCUCUGGGUGUACAUGAUCCGCAUCAAGUGUGAAAGCAACACCGCGACUCAGAGUCGCCUCACCACCAUCGUCACCACCCUGUUCCCCAAGGGGUCCCGCAGCGUGGUGCCCAGAGACAUGCCCCUCAACAUCUUCGUCAAGAUCAUCCAGUUCAUCGCGCAGGAAAGGCUUGAUUUUGCCAUGAAAGAGAUCAUCUUUGACUUACUGUGCGUGGGGAAACCAGCCAAAGCUUUCAGUCUUAAUCCGGAGAGAAUGAACAUCGGCCUGAGAGCGUUCCUGGUCAUCGCAGAUAACCUGCAGCAGAAGGACGGGGAGCCCCCCAUGCCCAACACUGGGGCCACGCUGCCCUCUGGGAACACCAUGAGGGUGAAGAAGACCUACCUGAGCAAGACGCUGACCGAGGAAGAGGCCAAAGUCAUCGGUAUGGCCCUGUAUUACACGCAAGUGAGGAAGGCCAUCGACAACAUCCUGCGACACCUGGACAAGGAAGUGGGCCGCAGCAUGAUGAUGACGAACGUGCAGAUGCUGAACAAGGAGCCCGAGGACAUGAUCACAGGGGAGAGGAAGCCGAAGAUCGAUCUGUUCAGGACGUGCGUCGCCGCGAUCCCUCGCAUUCUGCCCGACGGCAUGUCCAAGCCAGAGCUCAUAGACCUGCUCGCUCGGCUGACGAUCCACAUGGAUGAUGAACUGCGCCUCAUCGCCCAGAAUUCCCUGCAGAGCCUGCUGGUGGACUUCUGGGACUGGCGGGAGGACGUGCUGUUCGGCUUCACCAACUUCCUGCUGCGGGAGGUGCAGGACACCCACCAGGGCCUGCUGGACUCCUCCCUCAAGCUGCUGCUGCAGCUGCUCACCCAGUGGAAACUGGCCCUGCAGACCGCUGGCAAAGCUCACGACCCGGGCAAGCCGACCGGCCCCGGUCACAGGACCCCCUCGGAGCGGAGCCCCCACUGCACCGUGCUGCACGCCGUCGAGGGCCUGGCCCUCGUCCUGCUCUGUUCCGGCAACGCCGCCACCCGCAAGCUGGCCGUCGCCAUCCUCAAGGAGAUACGCUGCCUCUUCGCCGCCAUCGGCCAGGCAGAGGACGACGAUAAGCCCAUGAUAGAGGUGAUGGACCAGCUCAGCUCGGCGGUUCUGGAGAGCUUCGUCCACGUCGCAGUGUCUGACUCCGCGACCUUGCCCCUGGGCCAUCAUGUGGACCUGCAGUGGCUGGUGGAGUGGAACGCCAUGCUGGUCAACAGCCACUACGACGUGAAGAGCCCCUCCCACGUGUGGAUCUUCGCCCAGUCCGUGAAGGACCCCUGGGUGCUGUGUCUCUACAGCUUCCUGCGGCAGGAGAACCUGCCCAAGCACUGCCCCAUGGCGCUCAGCUACGCCUGGCCCUACGCCUUCACCCGCCUGCAGCUUCUCCUCCCCCUGGUGGACCCCAACAGCCCAGUCUACGCCAAGAAGACGAGCACAGCGGGCGGCGGGGACAACUAUGUGCCCCUGUGGAGGAACUACCUGAUCCUGUGCUUCGGCGUGGCCAAGCCCAGCAUCAUGAGCCCGGGCCACCUGCGGACCUCCACCCCCGAGAUCACGGCCUCCACCCCGGACGGCAGCGCCUGCUACGACAACAAGGUGAUCGGGACUCCUUCUGUCGCCUGGCUGCUGAAACAGCUGGUUCCUCUGAUGCGGGCGGAGAGCAUUGAGAUUACAGAGUCCUUGGUGCUGGGUUUUGGGCGCACCAACUCCCUGGUAUUCAGGGAGCUUGUGGAGGAGCUGCAUCCUUUAAUGAAGGAAGCACUGGAGCGAAGACCAGAGAACAAGAAGCGUCGCGAGAGGAGAGACCUACUGAGGCUGCAGCUGCUCAGGAUCUUCGAGCUGCUUGCAGACGCCGGCGUUGUCAGCGACAGCACUAACGGGGCCCUGGAGCGGGACACUCCGGCCCUCGGCGCGCUCUUCCUGGAGUACGUGGAUCUGACGCGGAUGCUGCUGGAGGCCGAGAACGACAAGGACCUGGAGAUUCUGAAGGACAUCCGUGCCCACUUCAGCGCCAUGGUGGCCAACCUCAUCCAGCGUGUCCCCGUCCACCAUCGGCGCUUCCUCUUCCCCCAGCAGAGUCUGAGGCACCACCUCUUCAUCCUCUUCAGCCAAUGGGCAGGCCCGUUCAGCAUCAUGUUCACCCCGCUGGACCGCUACAGCGACAGAAACCACCAGAUCACCCGAUACCAGUACUGCGCCCUGAAGGCCAUGUCGGCUGUGCUGUGCUGCGGGCCCGUUUUCGACAACGUGGGCCUCUCUCCGGACGGAUACCUCUACAAAUGGCUGGACAACAUCUUGGCCUGCCAGGAUCUGCGGGUGCACCAGCUUGGCUGCGAGGUGGUCAUCCUGCUGCUGGAGCUGAACCCAGACCAGGUGAACCUGUUCAACUGGGCCGUGGACCGCUGCUUCACCGGAUCCUACCAGCUCGCUUCCGGCUGCUUCAAGGCCAUAGCCACUGUCUGUGGGAGCAGAAACUACCCCUGUGACAUUGUGACCCUGUUGAACUUGGUGCUCUUCAAGGCUUCAGACACCAACAGGGAAAUCUAUGAAAUAUCCAUGCAGCUAAUGCAGAUCCUGGAAGCCAAGCUGUUUGUGUACUCCAAAAAGAUGGCGGAGCAGAAGCCCAGCAGCAUCCUGUAUGGGACCCACGGGCCGCUGCCGCCCCUCUACAGCGUCUCCCUGUCCCAGCUGUCUGCCCAGCUCGCCAGGAUGUACCCUGAGCUCACACUGCCUCUCUUCUCAGAGGUCAGCCAAAGGUUCCCCACCACCCACACGAACGGGCGCCAGAUCAUGCUGACUUACCUCCUGCCCUGGCUGCACAACAUCGAGCUGGUGGACGCCGGCCUGCUCCCUCCGGUCUCAGGACCCUGCACCCCCGAGGAGUCCCGCAACCGGGCCGAGAGCCUGGGGCUCUCCCACCAGCUCAGGGGCAGCGGCUGGGGCUCCCUGCAGGCCACCUCGCUGGUCCUCAACAACCUCAUGUUCAUGACCGCCAAGUACGGCGACGAUGUGCCGGGCCCGGAGAUGGAGAACGCCUGGAACGCCCUGGUCAGCAACGACAAGUGGAGCAACAACCUGAGGACCACGCUGCAGUUCCUCAUCAGCCUGUGUGGAGUGAGCAGCGACACUGUGCUUCUGCCCUACAUUAAGAAAGUGGUGAUCUACUUGUGUCGGAACAACACCAUCCAGACGAUGGAGGAGCUUCUGUUCGAGCUGCAGCAGACUGACCCGGUAAACCCGGUGGUGCAGCACUGUGACAACCCUCCAUUCUACCGCUUUGCUGCCAGCAGCAAGACCUCCGCAGCUGCCUCAGGUACUACAUCCAGCAGCAACACUGUAGUCGUUGGCCAGGAGAGUUUCCCGGACACCGAUGAAACGAAAAUGGCCAGAGAGAACGAGGAGAGGCUCAGCAUGAUGAAGGCCCACGCACGGCUGGAGUCCCGCUACAGCAACAGCUCUGGAGGCUCCUACGAUGAGGAGAAGAAUGACCCGCUGCCACCUUACGCCGGUUGGCUGAUGACUGUGCUGGAGACCAAUCAGCCGCAACCUCUGCCCAUGCCGGUCAACGGAGGAUGCUGGGCCCCGCUGGUGGACUACCUGCCCGAGACCAUCACCCCCAGGGGACCCCUGCACAGGUGCAACAUCGCGGUGAUCUUCAUGACGGAGAUGGUGGUGGACCACAGCGUGAGGGAGGACUGGGCUCUGCACCUUGCCCUGCUGCUCCAUGCCCUCUUCCUGGGUUUGGACCACUACCGGCCAGAGGUGUUCGAACACAGCAAGCGGCUCCUCCUCCACCUCCUCAUCGCCCUCUCCUGCAACAACAACUUCCAGGUCAUCGCCUCCGUCCUCCUACUCACCCGGGAGAUGAGUGACAGCAAGACCCUGACGGCCAGGUCCAGCUACCAGCCUGAGUACCUCUACACAGGAGGCUUCGACUUCCUGCGGGAGUGCCAGGCCUCUCCGGUGCCAGACUCGGGCCUCAGCUCCUCCUCCACCUCGUCCAGCAUCAGCCUCGGAGGCAGCAGUGGCAACCUGCCACAGAUUUCCCAGGACGUGGAUGAGCUGGAGAGCUCCACAGAGUCCGACGAGAAGACCAACAAGCUCAUAGAGUUCCUCACCACCAGGGCGUUCGGACCCCUGUGGUGCCACGAGGACAUCACGCCCAAGAACCAGAACACAAGAAGCACAGAGCAGCUGGCCAACUUCCUGCGUCACGUGGUGUCUGUGUUCAAGGAGUCCAAAUCAGACUUCUACCUGGAGCAGCAGCUGAGUGACGUGGCUCUGCAGACGGCCCUUUGCAGCUCCUCCCGCCACUACGCCGGCCGCUCCUUCCAAAUCUUCCGAGCCCUGCGGCAGCCCCUGUCCGCGCACGCCGUCUCUGACCUGCUGUCCCGCCUGGUGGAGGUGGUGGGGGAGCACGGGGACGAGGUGCAGGGCUAUGUGAUGGAGAUCCUGCUCACCUUGGAGUCUGUGGUGGACAACUUGGCCGACUGUCUCAAGAACAACGACCUGAUGGCAGUGUUAACAAGGGUGGCCUCGCCGGACCUCAUGACCAACGGGAAGCUGACGUCGAACAGGAAGAGCACGGGGCAGCUGAACCUGGUCCAGGGGGUCUCCACGGGAACGGCGGAGCGCAGCCGGCACCAGCGGAGCUACUCGGUGCCCAAGAAGUUCGGCGAGGCGGACCGGUCGUCCGACCCUCCCCGCAGUGCCACUCUGGACCGGAUCCAGGCCUGCACGCACCAGGGAGGGCUGGCCAAGACCCGCAGCUCGUCCGCCUCCAAGGACAACGUCGCCGACCCGGCCAACGUCAACCACCCCGCCAACCUGCUGGCCACCAUCUUCUGGGUGGCCGUGUCGCUCAUGGAGUCGGACUUCGAGUUCGAGUACCAGAUGUCUCUGCGGCUGCUGCACAAGCUGCUGGCCCACGUGCCGCUGGACAAGCAGGAGAACCGGGACAAGCUGGAGAAGCUGCGGGCCCAGCUGCAGUGGAGCAGCUUCACCGGGCUGCAGCAGCUGAUGCUCAAGGGCUUCACCUCCGCCGCCACCACCGACCUCACCCUGCAGAUCUUCAGCCAGCUCACCCCUGUCUCCCGCGUGCCGGUGGUGGACACCUCGCAGGCCAUAGGGUUCCCUUUGAAUGUACUGUGUCUGCUCCCUCAUCUGGUCCAGCACUUCGACAGCCCCACCCAGUUCUGUAAGGACGUCGCUGAGAGAAUAGCUCAGGUAUGCCUGGAAGAGAAGAACACCAAACUGUCCAACCUGGCCCACGUGAUGACGCUGUAUAAAACGCACUCCUACACGCGCGACUCCUUUUCCUGGGUCAACGUGGUGUGCCGCUAUCUGCACGAGGCCUUCUUCGACAUCACCCUCAACAUGGUCACCUACAUGGCAGAGUUGUUGGAGAAGGGCCUUCCCAGCAUGCAACAGUCCCUCUUGCAAAUUAUCUACAGCCUGCUGAGUCACAUGGACCUCAGCGGGAUCCAGGUCAAGCCCUUCAACAUGGAGGUGCUGAAGACCAUCGAGAAGUUUGUCCAGGUGAGAAGCACACCCUCAGGCACACAGACCGUACACUGGAAGGAAGCUCUGAACAUCCUGAAGUUGGUGGUGUCUCGCUCCGCCAGCCUGGUGCUGCCGUCCUACCCGCACGGCGACCUGUCCCACCUCGAUGUGACGCGCGUUUGGGACGGCUCCUCCAAGGCCCUGCCCGGGAAGACCCUGGACUUCCACUUCGACAUCUCGGAGACGCCGGUGAUCGGCAGAAGGUACGAUGACCUGCAAGGGUCCCCCGGGCGGGACGGCAAGAUCCAGGCCGUAGCGGUGACCCGCAGCACCUCCUCCACCUCCUCAGGGUCAAGCACCAACAACGUGCUGGUGCCCGUCAGCUGGAAGAGGCCGCAGUUGUCGCAGAAGAGAACUCGCGAAAAGCUGGUGAAUGUGCUCUCACUGUGCGGACAGGAAGUGGGGCUCACCAAAAACCCAUCGGUGAUUUUCUCGUCCUGCGGGGAGCUGGACCUGAUCGAGCACCAGCCCAGCCUGGUGUCGUCGGAGGACGGCACGCGUGAGCCGGACAACAUGGACGACACCACCUCGGAGCAGCAGUUCCGCGUCUUCCGGGACUUCGACUUCCUGGACGUGGAGCUGGAGGACGGAGAGGAGCUCCAGGGCGAGAGCGUGGAUAACUUUAACUGGGGCGUGCGCCGGCGCUCGAUGGACAGCCUGGACAAGGUCGAGCUGCUGCUGCUGGAGGAGGGCCAGCGCGCCGGCAGCACGCCCAGCAUCGGCCAGAUAGCGCGCGAGGACUCGGACGAGUCGUCAGAGGAAGAGUCGCUCGCCGCCAGCCAGUUCCUCUCCCGCUCGCAGCUCAUCAUGAACCUCUCUCCUUCCGAUGAAGCCAAUAACGUGGACUCUCUGUCCACUUCCUUUGACGCCACCUCGGCCGACCCUCACUCCCUAAACACCAGAACUCCCAGUUUCGAGGUCUCUCUACCAGAAGACUCGAACCAACGGGCUGAGGCGUCAGCAGAAGACGAGGACACCAACGUCCACGAGGACGAGCUCUCGCUCUCCAUCAGCGAGCUGCCCCCUGUCUUCGACUGCGGGGACAGCUUUGCGCUGGAUGCGGUGCACGGUGACGACAAAGGGGAGCUGGACCUGGAUCCCAGCUGUCUGCCCAGUCUCGGGGAGGAGGAGAGAGACGAGCUGCCCUCCCCUUUCUUCUCCGCCAUCCUGGCGGCGUUUCAGCCCGCCGUGUGUGACGACGCCGAAGAGGCCUGGCGAAGCCACAUCAACCAGCUGGUGUCCGACUCGGACGGGUCUUGCGCCGUCUACACCUUCCACGUCUUCUCCUCCCUCUUCCAGAGUAUUCAGAACAAAUUCUGCUCCUUGACCUGUGACGCUGCGGGUUACCUUGGCGAUGGCCUCCGGGGAAUAGGAUCAAAGUUUGUGAGGUCCGCCCAGAUGCUGACGUUGUGUUCGGAAUGCCCCACGCUGUUUGUGGACGCAGACACUAUCAUUUCCUACGGGCUGCUGGAGAAGAUGAAGUUCAGUGUUCUGGAGCUACAGGAGUACCUGGACACUUACAACAACAGGAAGGAAGCUGCCAUAUCUUGGUUGCAGAACUGCAAGGCCACCUUCCCCCGGGGAUCCAGGGAUGCACUGAUCACCUGUCAGCCUGGGGAGUCGGAGGAAAAGCAACUGGAGCUGUGUCAAAGACUCUACAAGCUCCACUUUCAGCUGCUGCUGUUGUUUCAGUCCUACUGUAAGCUGAUUGGUCAGGUUCAUGCCAUCAGCUCUGUUCCAGAGCUGUUGAACAUGUCCCGCGAGCUGAGUGACCUGAAGACCAGCCUGAAGGCAGCGGCGGCCUCGGUGACCAGCGACCCGGCCGCCCAGGACAGCCCCCCGGCCGAGCCCACCUUCAGCUCCUCUGAGGCGGCCGUGCAGGCUAUCCUGGAAGGCCUGAAGAGCAACGAGUUCGCAACCGCCAUACGCUACAUCCGGGAGUGCAGGAGAAUGUGGCCCAACGACAUCUUUGGCGGCAGCUCCGAGGACGAGGUCCAAACCCUGCUGAACAUCUACUUUCGGCACCAGACCCUGGGACAGACGGGCACCUUCGCGCUGGUGGGCUCCAAGCAGGACCUGUCUGAGAUCUGCAUCAAGCUGAUGGAGCUCAACGGAGAGAUCCGGGACAUGAUCCGCCGGGCCCAGGGCUACCGGGUCAUCGCGACCUUCCUCCCAGACUCCAACGUGUCCGGCACAACCCUCUGACAGGAGCGGGGCACCGGGCCCAAGAACCUGCUCCCGUCUGGGUGUACUGCUGCUACCCUGGCGGAGGUCUCCGAAAGCUCGCCUCUAACGCGGAGAAACUGGGGCACGCUGUUCUGACACUGCUUAGCUCAGAGGGGCUUCUGGACACUUUUUUCAGGUCUUCAGGUGUGCAGCGGUGCCGUGGAGAGGUGAAAGCGGCACAAGACUUGUUUUCUAGCGUAACGAAAAAAGAACCUUUGCUUCUAUUGCACUAAUAUUUGAGGAUGACAUCACAGAGCGGCGGCCAUAAGGGCGACCACUUGCUACUGAGUUCAAGAACUUCCACACCUAACAAAGGACAUACCAAAGUUAUAUUAACUUAUUCUUCUUCUGCAGAUGUUUGCUAUUUUAAAUGUUUGGGGAAAAUGUGCAAUGCUUCACUCAAGUGAAAGACUUUUACUGUACCAUUGAAAGAAUGUUUUUGAAUUCUAGUGCUUUUGGCUACUUGAAAAUCUGAGGAAUGGAGUUAACAGGCGAAAUGAUGCUGAAUAUUAUUUUUUCGUUGCUUGGUUCAAAGCUGAGAGCCUGUGUUUUUGUGAACCAAACUGUAAUCAGACUACCAUCCUUUGAACACUGUAAUGCAAAGAAAUAUGCAUAUAUACAGAACUACUUUGACAAUAUUUCAAAGCUACUGUCUCAAAGAACUGGAUACCGUCAUUGGUCAUCUGUCACUUAAGAGAUUGGUCAUGAUACUUUUUACUGGUGUUUGCUUUCUACUGUGUAGUUAUUUUGCUUUUAGAGUUGUUAUUUAUAUUAUAAUGAAAGCAACAUGCAUUGAAACUUAGUAGUUUUAUAGGAUGAAAACAAAUGUUCAUGUUCUGUCUGUUAAAACUGCCAAGCAUGCAUACUUUAUGUACGAUGAAAUGUAUUAGAAGUAUUUAUGAAUAUAAAAUUCAUAUUUUAACAGAGACGCAUUUGUAUAUAGUGCAAAGGGAGCUUUGCUCAUGCUGAUAAGAUUUUAUUUUUUAAUUUGCUGUCAAAACAACAGAAAUUGUGUGCAUGUAAAAAAGGAAUAUUGCACACUUUUUAAAGCUUCCAUAAGGAGUAUCAAUGUAGGUUUUUCACCUUGUAAAUACUUUUACCGCUUUUGUGAAGUAAUUUUGGUUGGUGUUCUGUACACUUAUGUAACAAAAUAAAAAUUGCAAA